AUGUUGAAGGCUCGGUCAACGAGGAGCGGGAUACUUGCCGAAGAUACGAGGCAGGAACUCGAAUGGUGGGAGUCGCACUGCGAGACAAACUCCCUCAUCUACUCCCCCCCACCAACGCAUUACCUGACGACAGAUGCCAGCGAUACGGGCUGGGGAGCGAAGUUAAACAAUCAAAGCCUUCAAGGAACAUGGAGCCCAAAUCAGCAACGUCUCCAUUGCAACUCGAAGGAAAUGACUGCCAUCAUCAACGUCUUAAGAGACCAAGCUCAGCACCUGAGCUCAAAAUCCCUCCCGAUUCAAUGCGACAAUCGCACUGUGGUGUCCUAUCUUCGCCACAAAGGGGAAACCAAAUCUGGGGCCUUAAUGAGAUUAACCAGAACAGCAUUUCAAAUCUUGGACCAAUUCCGCAUUCACAUGACCAUCCAUCACAUCCCCGGCAACUACAAUUGCGACGCCGAUCGCUUAUCCAGAAAAAAGCCGUCUCCAGAGUGGCAUCUUCUACCAAGGAUCACGCAAAAGAUUUUCACCAAGUGGGGAGAACCGGCAGUAGAUCUUUUUGCAUCCCAACGAGCCCAUGUGGUGCAAAAGUAUUGCACACUCGACCGGAAAGACAGCAACGCGACAUACUACGAUGCGUUCAGCUGGGAAUGGAGUUUUCACCUCGCUUGGGUCUUCCCACCUCCACAUCUCAUCCCAAGAGUCCUGGCACACUUAAACAACGCGGAAGGGACCUUUCUCUUGAUAGUCCCUCGGUGGAAGAACACAUUUUGGAGACCAGAUCUCAAAAACCGGGUUCUCGCACCCCCGUUCACCAUCAAGGACCUGAACGCAGUGUUGAUCGACAUAACGACAGGACUGCCACCGCCGAAGGCAUCAGAAAUGACAUUAGAAGUUUGGAAAUGUCAUGGGGAAGCCAAUACCUAA